AUGGAGAACGUUCAAGCGACGCCGCUAGAGAUGCCUCUGCCUCUGCUAAAUAACGCGUCAUGUAUCAACCCAGCUCUCGACACGGUCAUGUACAUCCACGGCUUCACUGGCAACGUGACCACACAUGACUCCAUCGCCAUUAUCACCGCUUACUUAUCCUUAGCCAGUUCUAACGUACUCUACUUGGAUUGGGCGGAAGAGGCUAGCGACGGAAACCUGGGCAUCCUUCUUGGCUACGUGCGCGCCGUGUCUAAUGUCAAGAAGGUGGGCAACCAGCUUGGCGCUUCCUUGCUUAUUCUGGCGGAGGCUGGCCUUGAUUUGAACAAAACACACCUGGUGGGUCUCUCCCUAGGUGCACAAGUUUGUGGCGUAGCGGGUAAAAAGGCCUCUUCUGACGGGGUGCCGAAAAUUGCACGCAUUACAGGUCUUGAUCCUGCAGGCCCCCUCUAUGGAGAACCUACUUCCUAUAACAAUGAAUUGACGACGGAUUCCGGAAAAUUCGUUGACGCAAAACACACCGAUCCAGGCGGCUAUGGCAUCAGUGAAUCCGUGGGAACUGUUGACGUCUGGAUAAACUAUCACGCCGGCAGAGUCGUACAGCCCGGUUGUCCUGCCUUUAAUUUAGCGGAAACUUUCUGUAGCCAUGAACGUGCCGUGGAAAUUUUUCAAGAGUCCAUUUUCAAUCGGACGUCGUUCCUUGGCUCCGGCCAAGCAAACUACAUCGCCUGGAUAAAAAAUAACGGCACAACCGAGCGAGUGGAAAACAUAGGAGAAUAUGUUUCGCUUAAGUACGUAACCUUC